CUCGGUAUGACAGACUUUUGAUUGCAUGAAAUGAGAUUUAUUUGAGGGGGAAAAAAGAAUGAUACUGUAUAGGCAAAAUACACUUGCAUGACCAUAAGUUUGCAUUUUGUGACAAUGAUAACCAAUUUUUAAAAAAUACACAGGGGUCGUUUGGAUGCAGGUUUUUAAUUAGAGAGAUUUGACAGAGAUUUGGGCCCAAAUCCCUCAAUAAAAAACCCUGGAAAUGUGGAAGUAGGAUUUAAUCCCAAUCUCUCGUUUGGCUUUGAAUGAGGGUUUCAGAAGAGAGAAAUAAAAUUACAAAUUUGGCCUUUUAUAUCUCCUCCUUCCUCCAUUCUUCUGCAACUUUCGAGCCUCUUCAAACCCAGAACGAUCGGCGUCGACAUCCCUCCUGCAAUUGGUGCGCUUUUGAGGAUAAUCACCUCCAGCCCCGUCGACACAAUCACCAGCAGCAAUGGACGGCGAAAUCGAGUGCCGACGAGAUGAGUGUUGAAGCGGAGGGAAAUCCGUCAAAGCUUCCAUCGGCGAAGAAGGGGAGGAGCUCAUGGAGUUCGAUUCUUCAAUCUCGCAGUGAGUUCAGCAAUCGGCGGAGGGAAGCAGCAAAGGACGACGGGAAGAGGGUACGUAUUCAAAGAGAGAAGGCGAGCUCCUAUGAGAUCCAUGAAUCAGAGGAAGAAGGAAACCAAAUCGAGGGGUAGAGUUUGGAAAGACUGAAAUAUAAAUGAGAGAUUUAGAAAUAGCUGGCCCCCAUCAGCUAUUUCUAAAACCCACGGUUGAGGGUUUUCAGAAUUUCUAAUCCCAAAUUCUUGAGGCUAUACAAACGAGUUAUUUGUUUAAAAUCCUGGAUGGAGAGGGAUUGUACCACAAUCCUGCAUCACAAUCCGGCUAGAAACCCUCAUCCAAACGACCCCACAGAUAUAACCACAUAUUGGAAACUAGUUCGACAAAUUUAGUCAACUUCAUUAAAAACUUUAACGUCGUUAAUGACUCAAGGAGGGGGUAGCAACAACUUGGGGGAUCUAAUUUCAUCUCCUGGUACCAAAAUCAUACGAACGAUAUCAACCCAAAAAAAUUAGAGCCUUGGGGUGAACUCGAUUGAAACAAACCCCUAAAUCGGAGAGUUUUCUUCUGGUUUUUGUGACACAUAUCUAACGAAGAGCUGGUCGGCAGAAGCAUGAUGGAUUUGUAGACGAGAAGUUGCGAAUUUGAUGGCAUGGCGGAACAGAGGUGGGAGGAGGAGCGCUUCGAGAGAGAAAAAAAUGCAUGGAGUUCCAGAUGUAGAAGUGCGGCUUGGGUUUCGCUGUCGUGAAGAGAGCUUGUUGUUGAGGAAGCUAAGAGUAAUGGAGAAGUUGACCAGCGACGUCAAAGUUGACAACCACUGUCGGAUUUCUGACUAUCAUGGAGAAUUGGGUCGACCAUACUUGCGCUCAUGGUGAAGAAGGGAAAGGGGAAGAAGUCUAAGCAAUCGAAGGGAAAUAGUUUUAGGGUUUUUCAAUUAAUUAAAAAUAAAAUGAUAAAUUCCACCUGGUAUUUUUGUUUUUUCAAAAGUUGCCAAGUCACCGAAAACGUUAAUCCAAUCACCAUUCAACACGGUGUCGUUAAAGUUAUUGACGGAAUGACUAUAUUUGUAUAUUUUUUGAAAAUUAGCUAUUAUUGUCACAAAGUACAAAGUUAUGGGUAUGGAAGUGUAUUUUGCCUACUAUAUAUGAUACAUGUGAUUAAGAUAGUGCUAAAGAAAUGAAGUGUACUAAUUUUUCAUGACUAAUUGAAAACAAUCUAAAAUAAAUAAGAAUCCUUUCAAAUUAUAAAUGAUACAUAGUCACGUAGUCAAAGUCUUGACCCAUUCUAUAUUGUGAAACAUAUAAUCUAACAAACGUAUGAAAUAUCAACAAGUCAACUCAUAAGUCGAUUUUGCUAAUCCUCCUCUAGUCGGCUGGCUGACCACACUGUUGAGCGAGCUCAUUAGCUCAAAUCAAGCAAGUUCACAAGUUGAGUUCAACGAGACACCAAGUCGAGCCGGCUUGCAACCCUCCUGAGCUGAACAAGGUUUAGCUCAAUCUCAAUUCCUUAAUAACCAAUCAGAGUUUAGAACGAGUUUUUUUUUCUUCUUCAAAUCCAAUGUUGUGACUAAGGGAAAAUUUUAGGAUAUUUAUAUGGAAGGGUGCUCAUACAUCAUUUAGUGAGAUGCUAAUGUGCAUUGAAGGGUGCUUGUACAACUUGCUUCAUGUUUUUCGAUUUUGUCAUCGUCGAUUUCGUCGACUGUUGGAGCAAGUUAUUAUGCAUUGUCAUUACCCAAUUAAAUGAACUUUGUCAUAAGUGUUAUUGAAGUUCAAUGAGCUGUUGAUGGGAGCCAACAUCCGUUUGAAUUUUUAUUGAUUAUGGGAGAUGGAGAAGAAGUGGAAGAGAAAGAUAGGAAAGGGGUUGGAAGGAGAGGUUAUGUGAUCAUUCAUUUGACAAUCUUAAUUUUCAUUGAUUGUUAAUGAAUAUUUUUUCUUCUUUUUGUGUCUUUUCCUUUUUUCUAAAUAAGAUCAUUAGAAUAAAAUGCCAAAAAUUCU